AUUUUACAAGUAUUUAAAAAUAACUCUGCUUUUUAUCCUCAUGUACAAUUCUCCAGUCUCAGUCUUCUGCUUUUAUUUUGGCUGAAAGGGAACAACCUGGUGUUUUUGUGUGGAAUUGUGCGUCUUAAAAAAGUUAUUAUCUAUGUGUCUUUUGGCCAAGGUGCUAAUCUCGUCAAUAAUCAAAAGUGAAGUAAUAUUGGAAACCCCCCCCCCCCUCCUUUAUCCUCUAUUUAAACGUGUCAUUUGAUCUUCCAUUGUCUCGUGUUCCUGCUGUGUGGUUGGCGAUGCUUCCUCUUUAAUGUGAAAACAGUGAGUGGGCUGCGGGAGAGCUGUGGAUAGGAGAGCGCAGAGGGAUGGGGCGAGGCGCGCCAGAAGCUUUUAGUAUGCGCUGCAAUGCCCAACUGCAGCUCACGCUUCUCGUGGUAAAUUAUGGUGAUCUAUGAGAGGAACAGCCGGCAGCUCAAAAACAGUCAGUCGUGAUGAGAUGACACAGCCGCAUCAGCUGCACUGAUUAGUCAAAUUAGGGGAGCAGGGCUCAUAAGACGGAAUAGGCGAAGGACUUGAAGGCAACUUAAAAGAAGAAAAAAAAACUGGAUAAAACACACACGUCUGCGCAACAAGAGAACCGCGGUGAAUUCCUGCAUGUCAUAACCAUGUGAAAUAAUGCUGUAGUCCGAAGGAUGUUGCUAUGCUGCUUUGUUUAGUGCAUGGACUGUGUUGUGGCUGCACAUAGUCCACACAGUAAGGGGCUGCAAAUGGCUUGAGCAUGUUUUGCACCUGCUGUUUCAAACUAUCUGGAAAACAAGUGCCAUUAAAUGUUUGAGAUUCCUAAUGCAUGGAUUGCUGAUUUAUCCAAUUACUGCAGAAACAAGAAGCAACAUAUUUCCACCUAAUAAGAUUAGCAUUGCAUAGCUGUAAUUGAGAUGCAAGCAAAAACAUCACUGAUGUAUAAGUCCUAUCCUCCACCAGGGAAAAUAUUGUGGAAUGGGUGUCUUGCUACUGCUUUUAAAGCUCAAUUUAAACCUUUAAAAUGAUCCCCAAAGGCGAUAGAAAUCUGACGAAUCUGAGAAUGCUGUCGACAGCGGAGCUUCCACACUCUGUGCGAGUGCAGGUUGCAGAGCAUCUUUGCUGUUGCUGCUUAAGGCAACAUAAUGUUUUGGAAAGGGGUGUUAAAUGGAGCUGAAGAUAGCAGUUUUAGCCCUGCCUUAGAAAAUCCCUUCUCCCCUAAGUGUCUCUACCUGUGGCUGUAUCGCAAACAUGCUCACCAUCAUACUGCUUCGGGAGGUAGAAAAAGACAAAUCUAGGAUCCUCACACCUUGUUCCCCUCCUGUGUUCACUGCCGCGUUGCUGCAAAGCUGUAGGCGAUUCAUGACAGACAACCAAGCUUUUGCUGGAGGGGUAUGGGACUUUGGACCGGACACUUCAGCUGAAAACACUCCUACAUUUUGCUGUUUGCUGACAGAUCAGCUUACAGCUCACAGAUCAGCUUACUGCUGAAAGCGUGGAGCCUACAGUUCUUCUUGGCCAAGCGUGGCUCCACCCAGUCUGAAAGCUGCAUGCCACUUAUCCUUCCACUAUGACUGUUGCCACAAGCGACCCUAUGGAUGAAGCAGCUGCACAUCCAUGUCAGCCUAAUGACCAGUAUGGCCCAGAGACGGACCAUGACUGUUGUGAAAGAGUCGUUAUCAAUAUCUCUGGCUUACGUUUCGAGACUCAGCUGAAGACCCUUUCUCAGUUCCCUGAAACCCUGUUGGGGGAUCCUAAAAAGAGGAUGAGAUAUUUUGACCCUCUAAGAAAUGAGUACUUCUUUGAUCGUCACCGACCAAGUUUUGAUGCUAUUCUGUACUACUACCAGUCUGGAGGUAGACUGCGCCGACCCGUCAAUGUGACCUUGGACAUUUUUUCCGAGGAGAUCCGCUUUUAUGAACUGGGAGAAGAGGCCAUGGAAAUCUUUAGGGAGGAUGAAGGUUUCAUUAGAGAGGAGGAGCGUCCACUGCCGGAGAAUGAGUUUCAAAGACAAGUAUGGCUUCUGUUUGAAUACCCAGAGAGCUCAGGUCCAGCUCGAAUCAUUGCCAUCAUCUCUGUCAUGGUCAUCCUCAUUUCCAUUGUCAGCUUUUGUUUGGAAACUCUGCCAGUUUUCCGAAAUGAGGAGGAUCCGUAUUCUUCAUACCAGGUCAUGUCCAACUCAACCACUACUUUUGAUAGUUCAACAUAUUUCACAGAUCCUUUCUUCAUCGUGGAGACCCUCUGCAUCAUCUGGUUCUCAUUUGAGUUCCUUGUACGUUUUUUUGCAUGCCCAAGCAAAGCCGGAUUUUUUGGGAACAUCAUGAACAUCAUAGAUAUUGUUGCAAUCAUUCCAUACUUCAUCACCCUGGGCACGGAGCUUGCAGAGAGGCCGGAAGACGGUCAGUCUGGUCAGCAGGCCAUGUCUUUGGCUAUCCUUCGUGUCAUAAGAUUAGUACGAGUGUUUCGGAUCUUUAAACUCUCUCGUCACUCAAAGGGGCUCCAGAUCCUCGGACAGACUCUUAAGGCCAGCAUGCGUGAGCUGGGCCUACUCAUCUUCUUUCUGUUCAUUGGUGUAAUCCUCUUCUCCAGUGCUGUCUAUUUUGCAGAAGCGGAUGAGAAACAAUCCCAGUUCUCCAGCAUCCCUGAAGCUUUUUGGUGGGCAGUGGUUUCCAUGACCACUGUAGGCUAUGGAGACAUGGUUCCGACAACCAUUGGAGGAAAAAUUGUUGGGUCUCUAUGUGCAAUUGCUGGUGUGCUGACCAUUGCCCUGCCUGUGCCCGUCAUUGUAUCAAAUUUCAACUACUUUUACCACAGAGAGACAGAGGGGGAAGAACAGGCACAAUAUCUCAAUCUCCCAAUGGUGCCCAAAGGCAGCUCAGCUGAUGAUCUAAAGAAGAGUGGCAGUGGAUCCACCCUCAGUAAGUCUGAUUAUGUGGAGAUCCAGGAGGCUGUGAACCACAGUACUGAGGACUUCAGACCAGAAGCCAUGAAAACAGGAAACUGCACUUUGACUAACACCAAUUACAUAAACAUUACUAAGAUUCGUACAGAUGUAUAAAGUGAAUGUCCAUAAACAGAUAAACUUUAUCAGGAUUUGCAGGGAGUAGCAAGAGGAUGAGUCUUCCUUAGCUGUCCAAAGUGUGGUUCCUAAUAUGGGAGGGAUGAGCAGAUCCAGAGUGAGAUCCACUUGAAAGAGGGGAGAGGAACCCACAUUUCCUCAUGUCAUGAGGAAGAAGUGUUGCAUAUGUGGGAUAACUGCCACCUGUCUUAUUAUGGACAUUGUCAAUGUAUGCAUGGAGUUGUUUUUUCAGUACAUGCAGUAUGUGACAGUAGUUGUUCUGCUUGUAACAGUAGCCAAAUAGUAGCCACACCAGUAAAAUUAACAACAUAAAGGGACCACUAGUUUUGCAUAGAAUCUAAAAAACAACUAACUAACGUCAUUUCUUAAUAAAACAAAUAUUAUCAAAGUUUAGACACAACUUAACCACGUCACCUGCCAUAGCGCUAAGGGAGAUUCAGUAUAUAAGCAACUGCUCAUGCUCUUGUUUUGUAGAACUAGGAAAAAAAAUUCUCAGAAGUGAGGACGGGCCAGCUCAAGUAUCUCCUUACUAAAAGUGUUAAUGUCUUUUGAUGAUUUUGGCUGAAAGUCUGAUUAUUAUCUUUACAUUUAAUUUUAAAGACAAGAUUUUGUUAGAUGACAAUAAUGAAUAUAAUAAGUAAACAUGCUGACAUUGAAAAUUUGUUGUUAAACCUGUUUAUGCUGGCACCAAACAUGUUCUUGUCCUGGGAUUUAAAAAAGAUUUUGUGAUUCAUAGAUUUUUUUUCUUUGUGUGUUUUUUUGGGAGACAUGAGCCAACACUAGCCUUUUGUGUCAGACUAGAAGAUAAAGAUCUUUUUUUUUUAAGGAAUCUCUUGUGUACCGUAGUAUAUAUAUUUUUAUAUACAUUUACAUGGUUAAACAUUUAUGUUGAAUGACAGAUAGAGGAUUUUUUUCACAAUAGUCUUCAGAGUAACUGCCUCUUACUCCAGUUUAGCUUUAAGUGUCGCUUGGCUUAAAUGCCACUGCCCAAUGUAAAUGUUGCUGUUGUUAACUUCACAUCAUUCCAUCUUAAAAUGAGAAUAACUCAGUUUGCUUUUGUUCCUGAAGCCAACAGACCAAUUCGUUUUACAGCAAUGUUAUCUAGAAGAGAUAGGAUAGUGUCUAAGGCCUAACCCUUUUUGAAAACACAUUAUUUUGUCCUGGAAUGACUAGUCACACCUGUAUUUAUCUAUUUAUAAGCAAUAAAUCCAAAUUGAUUAGAUUUGCCUGUCUAAAAAAUAAGAAAAAAAGAAUUGUUUUUUUGGCAUUCUGCUGCAUACUUUAACAUAGCAUGCUGUACCUGUAAAAUAAGACAGCUAAAGAUUUACGAAAACUCUUAUAUCGUACAGUAUUGUUCAGACACAGAGCCUUUAUAUCCACAAAAAUCGUUUUCCGCUUUAGUGGAACUGCAUGCCUUCUAAAGUUGUAGCAUGCGCUAUUAGGAAUAAUAUUUAAAAAAUUGCAUUAACCUAAUUAUAAUCCUGUGUCAGAGGCACUGGCAGUUGUGUUGCAUUUAGUGUGAAAUACUCACAGAGGGAAGAUUACACAUCAAAGACAGCCAUCUUUGUUAGGAAGAUCCUGGACUUAACAGCAGGUUAAUUGAGGAUCAUUGAAAAGGUCUGAGAGAAAGUCAGCAAGAUAUUAAAGGAUUUCUAAUCUUCAGUUUUAAUGUUUAUAGCCUUGCUUCAUUUAGAAUGUUGACAAACCAUCAAGUGAACAUGUGUAAUAAAGCAGGGACAACAUCAAGAGCUAUAGGCUGCCAGUCUAGUUAAUAUACAGACAAUAUCAAGUUUGGUGUGCUUAGAAUGAUGGGUUCUCUGUGAGUUUGAGGCCCCUACAUUGAGAGAUAGCUUAUUUUUUUCCAUUGAAUGACAGCUGUGUUCUGUGUGCCUUAUGAUCAGAUAACCCACAGCUUUGAAAGUGUUAUGAAAGAUGAUACAAUGCCAGUUAAUGAGAGCCAAAGAGCGGAAAUGAAGAAAAAUGCAUGGAAAUGUCCUGACGAAAGUUAGACAAAGUGCUCGACACCUCCUUUUGUAUUUCUCUUCCUCGUGUGCUUGCAUUUUUUACAAACUGUCUUUUGUGUGUUGAAACACCUGCCGUUUUGAGCUUCAUUUCAAAUGGUGUCUGCUCACUUCUCAUUAUCAGAUGCACAAUUGAAGUGACACACUGUCAAGACAGAACAUCUCUCUCAGAAAAACCAAUGGGACAUUAAGAUCUGAUCUGCCGAAAACACAUCUUUGCCACAUUCCGAAGCACAAAAAGUAGAGGUUUGUACUCCCACACAUCCAGAGGGUGUUUGGACGUGUAUAAGCCUAUAUCUCAUGUUUGAAAAUACUGCCUGUGAACUCUAGUGAACACAUCUCCUGUAAGAAUAGAAACCUUAUCAGUGGCUUUAUAAAACCUCAAGAAUCUCCAACAAGUUUGCACUCCUGUAGCCAUGCAUUGUGUCCAAGAAGUAUAGCUGCUGUCAACAAUGUCUUAAUGUGUACAGCUUCAGCUUUAAAACAAGCUUCUGCCAUGUGUAGAUUCUUUUGCAAUAAGGAAUAACGGUGUGUGCUUUCUAAACUGUUCAAAGAAUGUCAAGCUGUACAGUUGGUUAAAUGUUUUUUUUAAUUAUGCUCCUGGUACCAAUGUGUACAAAGAACCUAUAAAAUGUUUAUAAAUGUCAUUUCUAAGAGUACUAUGGCUCACUCCAUCAUCAAAAGUCUUAUCUUUGUGUUUACAGCUGUUUUCUAUUUAUGUCUUUACUGAUUUAAUUUAUUAUGUUGGGAUUAAAGCUAUUUAAAUUCUUUUGAUCAAAUGUGUUUUCUAAUUAGAGUUUAAACAGGACUGUAUGCUCCACACUUUGUACCUUAAAUUGUCUUUAUUUAUUCAAAAAUGUUGACUGUUCGACACAUCUGUAUAACAUUUGUUGUUAUUUAACUGUAUAAAAAAAGAAUUGUACAUGAAAACAAGCCUGUACAUUGUCAGGAAAAGGAAGCAUUGCCACACCUUCUACAAUGACUGCCUAUAAUAAAUGUUAUUGAACAACAGAGAAUUUGCUCAAAUCCAAAUGUUGUUGGUCAAAACAAUCACAUUUACACACAUUCAUUGAAAGGCUGACUUUAAAAAAGUAAUUUUUACAUAGGGGAUUUUAUACUUUUGACAUGUGUUUACAAGUCCUUCAAACAUGUUUUUGCCUUUAAUAUGUAGCUCAAGAUAUUUUAUUUCAGUUUGCAGAAUAAAACUCUUGUGUGCAAAUACCAUUUUCCAAAAUGGAGGUCUCAUUGAAGAAGAAAGAAAGAGGUGAAGACAAAUUAUAAUUGAUGAAAAUACAGCCAAAGCACCUGCUUUCAUGUCUUACAUCCCUGACUGCUCUGUGUCUCUUGUGUCUCUCUCUCAGCUCCUCUUGAGUGACUGUUGUGUUCUCUGUGGAUAACUGGGAAAGCAAAGUGAUCUAUUUAUAAAACCAGCUAGAAAUGGAGUAAAGCAGUGAGUCAAGGGGAGAAAAAGGAGCAAAAGAUUUCUGACUUGCCCUUCAACUCAGAUCACUCUGUUAUUAUCACUGCUAUUUUGCACAACUCUCAGGUUUGUCUUACUUUUUCCUUUUGCUUCCUGCACUUCCUCCACUUUUUUUUUUUUUUUUUUUUUCGCAGUUCUCACAUUUAUUUUCCCAGACAAAAUUUUGUGCACUCUUUGGCCUCAGUCUCCAGUAACUAGAAGCAUUAAAGUGAUGUACAAAGGGUGAUCUGAUUCUCUUCCCAGGCAUUUGUGUAUUGCAAUGCUCCCUAUGGAAAGCUCCACUGGGUUCCGGUACAUUAGCAGAGCAAAUAAGCCUGGCAGCUUUUAAGAUAAUGGACUAGUAUUUAUUUAUUUAUUUGUUUGUUUGCUUUUUAUGUAUUGUGCAGUGACAAACGUUAUUUGUCACUUUUAAACUACAAAAAUGUCAUUCGUUGAGUUCAUAAAAGGAAAAAAUAGGGAUUUUUUUUGUUCUCAUAAGGUUUUUUUUGUGACCUUCAGGGUUAAGAUGUUUAUUUUUAUUUUUUUUAGUCAAAGUUCCCAUAGAUUGAUGAGAUAGUUCUUAUAGACUUUUCUUGCAUGUGAUGUAGAGAGUUGAACAGCAAAUAAAAACGACACGAACACGGGACAGAACCUUCUUUGCAGGAUUUGUGGAGUGUCUACACUUUGUAAAUCAUCGUCAAAAUGUCAAGGACGCAUCCGGCAAAACCUCCAUGCUCUUCAGGUCACCCAGAAAUAAAUUAACAAAUUAAAUAACAUGUUCAUUAAAUAUAAGGUGUUUCUUUAUGAAUAUCCACAAAACAUAUUCCCAUAACCUUUCCAUCCUGGUUGCAUCCUCCUCACUCAGACUAACAAAGUGCAUUUGUGUUUGUAUGCUCUCUAAGGCAACACCAAGUAAACCAAGUACUGUACAUGCUGGAAACGCUUUCCUGUUGCAGUAACAACUGAUUUACAGGCUUAUAACCAGCUGUAAUGGCCUGUCAACCUGAACUUUCUUUAUAGCACACCAUUUGCCAUCGUAGAAGCCUAUGGACCACUUUGUGCACAUUUGUGUUUCUGUAGAUACUUUGAGGACAGGAAGCUCCAUACAUUUGUUUUCAAUGUCAUUAUUGUUUUAAGGUUUAUUAUAAUGUUAUCAAACUAUGGUUUUGUUAUUUAGUAGCCUCUCCUCUAUAUAAAAAAAC